AUGGCUGCUAAGGUAUUCCGCAGUCCGGUCAUGUGCUUGUGUGUUGUUGCUAUUUCAGUGUUUCUACUGGUCAAAAUCAUGGAACGCGAACGUAGCCCACCAUUAUCACAGAAAGUAAGGGAUCUUCGGAAAGACGUAUCAACUUACCACGAACAACAGUUUUCACACAAUGGAAACAACGUAUCUCAAGUCCGAGAACCAAUACCAGUCAUUCUGCUGACGUAUAUGCGCAGUGGAUCUUCAUUCCUGGGAAGCGUGCUUCAGACUAACCCGGAUGUUUAUUACCUGUUUGAACCCCUGCACGCAAUCCAGAUGGCAGUUAGGAGCCAGGAAACGUUUACUUUUCUUAACGGAACGUCAAGGAAGUAUGAAAAUUUUCUGGAUGUCGCCAAACUGACUAUUAGUGGUCUCGCCACCUGUGACAUGGAAAGUCUUCCUACACAAAUGUGGUUAAAUGGGUUCUUAUCUUUAAGCAGAAAAGCAAAAGGCAUGCGAUAUUGUGUAAGCAAAUCAAAAACAAUCGAGGAGAGCCGUUCCUGCAUAAGUGUAACCAAAAUGGUCUGCAUGAACUCCAGUCAUUCUGCCUUAAAGAUAAUCCGGAUCCCGAUGGACCUCUUAGAACCCUUGAUGACCUCGAUGUCGAACUUGCGUGUCAUUCAUCUCAUACGCGAUCCUCGAGCCACUACAUUGUCACAACAUGCUUAUGGCGUCAUCCCAACAGCUCACUUCCGACAGCACGUGACUGGCUUUUGCAACCGUGUAUACAGGGAUGUUGUCACGGCGGAACGUUUUCUGACGUCAUUUCCGGGAAGGAUCUUGCGUAUAUAUUAUGAGGACGUUGCUAAGGAUCCGAAACGUUAUGCUAAGAUUUUAUACAAAUUUACAAAUAUGACAUACACAGCCAAAAUAGAGACAGAUGUACACUCUAUGACGUCAGCAAAUGUUCCAAAAAACUGUGGACAGCUUUGCACACGGAGUUCUAAUUCAACUGCGCAGGCAGAAGCUUGGAGAAAACAUGCUCCACUGGAGUUGGUCAAUACAAUUGAUGAUGUAUGUCAACCACUAUAUCUACAAUUAGGCUACAGGAAUGUAGAGUCAGAGCGCAUGCUCAAGGACAUAAACAUUCCUCUACGACGAGAUCUCAAUACUUUUGAUGACUUCCGGUACGCCUAA